AUAAUACGGGAAAUAAUGAAAUAAUGUGGGAAACGCGGCCGGGGGGGGAGGGGCGGUGUCACCGGGUCACGUGGGAGACCCUCCACCCGUCACGUGAUCCGGGUUUACCGCGGAUCCGCAGCAGCUGCAGGGCCGUUUCCGAGGCCCCGCCCACCGCCUGAUUAGGCGCUGAGGACAUCGCGCAUGCGCAGUACGGGCAGGGCGGUGUUGUUUUUUCCGUUCUUUGUCGAAGCGGGUAAUCGGUGGGAUCGGGAUCGGGAUCGGGGGAAUGUCCCCAUCCCUUGGAGCGGAGAGCCCGGGACAGAUUGUUCUCUGCGGGGCGACACCAACAAUUUCCAUUCGAUUAUCGCCAGCAGGAGGUGCUUUCUUCCACCCAGACAGCACACAAGCAGACGACUAUCAACCAACGUCAGUCAGAGUCAGAAUGGACACAGAUCUGAACUCCGCAAUCUCCGCCUUCCUGUCAAAUUGUGAGGAUCACCAACUGUUCCGGUUGACGAGAUUCUACAUGGAGCGACUGGAGCAGGCGAUUGAGGAGGGAGUGGAGGGAGUCGGCUUCAUGUUAAUGGGCGAGGAUCACUUCACCGGGACAGAGUAUCACAGCGUGACUGAGCUGGCGGAGAAGGGAAACCGAGCGGGCGCUUCCAAACUCCUCCUGGAUCUGGUGAUGGAGAAGGGCUCCGGGGCCCGGAGGGUGAUGUGGGAAUCCUUUGUGAAACUACAUCACCAUUUACCGAAGCUGAGCAGAAUAUUGGAUGAAAUACGGGAACGUGGUGACGGCCAGUUUGCCUUCAUGGACACUGAGCGGGGUUUAUCUGAAGUGCCCGCGCAUCUGAAAGAUGUUCAGCAGAAACACAAGGAGACUCUGCGGGCAGAAACUGAAACACUGAGAGUCAACACGAUCCUGAUGAGGGAGAAGGUGAAGGUUUUCCAGCUGGUUGAUCGAUACGCUGAGCUCACGGUCAUUUCUAUUGUUCGAGAUCGGAGACUGGUGGAACAUGAGCUGCUGGCAAGAGGCAGAGACCAUGAGGAGUGGAGAGAACAACAUCUCCGCGGAAAGCUGGAAAAAAUCCGGACUGAUCAAUUAUUUACGAGGAGUUUUCUGCAAAAAUUUAAAAGAUCUGUCUUUGGAAACAAAAGAGGGAUGUCGGCAGUAGUGGCCGGAGUCCCGGGAAUCGGGAAAACAACAAUGGUUCAAAAGAUUGUUUAUGACUGGGCCACGGGAAAAAUAUACCAACAAUUCCAGUUUGUCUUCAGUUUCAAAUUGAGAGAUUUAAACUCCAUUAACUGCAGAAUAAACCUGAGGGAACUGAUUCUGGAUCAGUAUCCUUACUUUGGGAAUUCCCUGAGAGAGGUCUGGAAGAACCGAGAGGGAUUACUGUUUAUAUUCGAUGGAUUGGAUGAAUUCAAACACAACAUCGAUUUUGCUGACGGUCAGAGAGAUACAGAACCCAAGCACCAGUGCCCAGAUCCCGAGUGGUGGUGUGAAGUGUCUGACAUUGUGUACAGUUUAAUCCAGGGCAAGCUGCUCCCAGGGUGUUCAGUGCUGGUGACCACCCGUCCCACUGCGUUACAUUUAUUGGAAAAGGCAGACAUCAGUGUCCGGGCCGAAGUCCUGGGAUUUGUUGGUGAGGAACGGAACGAAUAUUUCUUCAGGCAUUUUGAAGAUCAGACGGUGGCAGAAGCUGUUUUCAAACACAUGAAGGAGAAUGAGAUCCUGUACACCAUGAGCUACAACCCCUCCUACUGCUGGAUCCUCGCACUGACACUGGGCCCAUUCUUCACACAAAGAGUCAGGGACCCGCAGCGAGUUCCCAAGACCAUCACUCAGUUAUAUUCCUAUUAUAUUUACAACAUCCUGAAAAACCACAGCCGUGAGAUUGAGAACCCCCGUGAGGUGUUACUCAGUGUUGGUCAGAUGGCCUUCAGAGGAGUGUCCGAGAAGAAGAUUGUGUUUACAGAUGGAGAUUUGAUCAGCUACAGUCUGCAGCCUUCCCAGUUCCUGUCCGGGUUCCUGAUGGAGCUUUUGGAGAGAGAGGAUUCUGCCCGGCGUGUGGUGUACACAUUCCCACACCUCACCAUCCAAGAGUUUGUAGCUGCAGUCGCACAAUUCCUGAAUCCACAUCCCGGGGAUAUCCUGAAAUUCCUCACUGAAGCACACAACACGACAGAUGGGCGAUUUGGGGUAUUUCUCCGUUUUGUUGCUGGUCUCUCCAACCCAAUGACAGCUCGGGGCCUGGAGGAGUUUCUGGGUCCAUUUCCCCAUCAAACAACCUGCCGGGUGAUUGACUGGGUGAAGGAGGAGGUGAAACGCCAGAGUGGAAACACAUGGAGUGAAACUGGGAAAAGGAGCCUCCUGAACACAUUGCACUACCUGUUUGAGUCUCAGAAUCGUGGACUGGCUCAGGCCGCACUGGGAUCUGUGGAAACACUUUCAUUCAGUGGAAUGACACUGACCCCGAUUGACUGCGCGGUCGUGUCUCAUGUCAUCAGACUCUGUGAUACAAUAAAACAGCUCGACCUGGAGAGCUGCCACAUUCAGUGUGAAGGAAUCCAGCGGCUGGGACCCGAGCUGCACAAGUGCCAGAAGUUGAGACUUGGGGAGAAUGAACUGGGAGAUUCAGGAGUGAAACUGGUGUCUGCGGCUCUGAGGAACCCUGAGUGUAAAAUACAGACACUGGGGCUGGACAAAGUCGGUCUCACAGAUUCUGGUGCCGAGGAUCUCGUCUCUGCUCUCAGUUCAAACCCAUCACUGACGGAGCUGAACCUGGGUUUUAAUAAACUGGGAGAUUCAGGAGUGAAACUGGUUUCUGCGGCUCUGAGGAACCCAGAGUGUAAAAUACAGAAACUGUGGCUGAUGAGUGUCUGUCUCAAAGACUCUGGUGCCGAGGAUCUCGUCUCUGCUCUCAGUACAAAACCAUCACUGACGGAGCUGAACCUGGGUUUUAAUAAACUGGGAGAUUCAGGAGUGAAACUGGUGUCUGCGGCUCUGAGGAACCCUGAGUGUAAAAUACAGAAACUGUGGCUGGACAAUGUCGGUCUCACAGAUUCUGGUGCCGAGGAUCUCGUCUCCGCUCUCAGCACAAACCCAUCACUGACGGAGCUGGAGCUGGGAUUAAACUCGCUGACAGACCAAUCUGUCCCCGCUCUCCGCCGCCUCAUACUGACCCUCCCGAGUCUGAAGUGGAUCUGGCUGGGGAACAAUCAGUUCAGUGAGACCGGGAUGAAGGAACUGAGAUCUCUGCAGGAACCCAGACCCGGACUGACGGUGACCGUUGGAACAUCUGAAUGUGAACAUCCCCGCCCGUGGGAUGGGGACAUUUUGGCCGAUUCCCCGCCCUCCCCUUUAACUCCCGCCCUUACCUUUAAUGGCCGCGAGCCGGCUUUAAUUCCCAACGUUUCUGACGGAGCUGACUCCCGUUCAGCGCUCUGUGACUUCGGAAGCGGUCCCCCAGUGAUGUAUUUCCGCCUGUUGUCCAACGGCGCAUCUUCCGCUGGAUGUGCGUGUUCGAGACUCCCCCACGUGAGACCCCGGGGAAUUACACGGACAGAAAGAGCCCGGGGGCCGGGGCUCAGUCUGGGACACCGGUGUCCCGGGGUCGGAUUAUCCCGGGAGAGAAUCCUUUUGCUCCCUUUGCUGAGGACGGUGCAUUCGGCAGUCUGGCCGAUAUAAUGAUGUUAAAUAGACAAAUACCUCGGCAGUGACCCUGGAUCUGCAGCGAUCUGGGACACGGCCCUGAAGUGUGAUUUUAUAAUCAUCGGUUCCCCGAUGCAGAGUGACGGUGAGAAACGGGACUGAUUAUUCAACCGGUCACCGUUGUCGCCGGUCAGUUAAUUGUGUGUGACUGUGAGUGAGUCGGAAGCAGUUUAUUUAUUCCCGCACGUCAGCAGCUCACACAUUGUUUAAUUUACAUUUGUCAUGAUGAAAUCAAUAAACCGCUGUAACUUCCUGUCUUGGUGUCGGACUCGAGUCUCAUUAGAGGAGAAACAGUGACCUGGGGUUACUGCUGCCCCGCCGCACCCGGUGUACUGCAAUAAUGGGUCUGAGCUCCUCACACUGUUACAGCAGCCUCUCAGCUCCAAGCUCAGGGAUGUCAGUAAAAUAGUGUCUGGUCCCCAGGAUCUCUUCACUCUCCAUCCCCAUCUAGGCUGACCACUGCUUCCUCAUACCCCAGAUACUUACACUACCCUGACCUCCACCUCCCUGCGCACUCUCCUUGCUCUCGCAGAAAAACAAACGACAAAGGAGAUCAGAAAAUGCAAACACGAGGAAUCUGCUGGAAAUUCAAGCCACACACACAAAAUGCUGGUGGAACUCAGCAGGUCAGGCAGCACCUAUAGGAAAAGGUACGGUUGACGUUUCGGGCCGAGACGCUUCGUCAGGACUAACUGAAUGAAGAGAUACUGUAUUAAAAAGAUUUGAGAGGGGGAGGGGGAGAUUCAAAAUGAUUGGAGAAGACAGGAGGGGGAGGGAUGGAGCUGAGAGCUGAUUCAGUUCCACAGCAGCUCUUUUGAAUCCUCCCCUGAUGUUCAUCUCUCACUCUCCCUGCGGGAUGGGUCCCAGUCACCACUGUGUGGGUGAAGAGGUUUCCCUUGAAUUUUCUGCAGACUGAAGAAGUCGAGCUGACUGCAGUUCUGUCUGAGAUGUUCUUUACCCCUCAAAUCUCUGGGCUGAGAAAGAAUGACAUUGGGAGUUAAUCUCCUUAUUCAGGGCUCAUUUCCACAUUAUCGGUCAUUUUCCCUGCUUCUAAAGGGUUGUUGAAAACACCACUCUCCUCUAAAGACUGAAAGCAGAAUGGGAAACCAUUAGUUGGAUGUUCAACGGACUCGGGUUCAGAAACCAGAGGCUGGUCUGCACAGGGCAGAGUUUGGGGCUCUGGACGAUGGUCGGUAUAAGAACUUAUGAUGAUGAGAAGGGAAUCAGCAGUGGGGUGUGGCAGCUGAUGACAGAGUAGCAACACUUGGAAGCUGAUUGACAGAGAAAAUCUUUCCAUUGUCUGACUGAUGACACAAACAACACCUGUGGUGAGGUGCCCCAAUGGUCGAGGAAGAUGUGUGUGUUGGGAAUGGUUUUAUCUAUUGAGGGAGUUGUACCUGCUUGUGUAUUCUGUAAUAUUAUAUCUGGAUGGUUGUUAUGGAUUGUCCUAUCUGAAAUAAUGUAUUGAUUAUCUUAUAAUUUGUAAGAUUUUGACUCUGAAACUGAAUCAGGCUUGAAUUUAUGGUGCUCAAUGAAAUUAUGGUGGUCAUUCAUGAGUUUAUAUUUUGAAGUAAGAUUUUGGUGAAUGAUAUUUGCCACUUGAUUGUACCUUUGUAAGUAAUCAGAUUGAGUUAAACUGCUACAGCAUCCUGGAAUGUGUUGGAUCGUGUCUGGUUUCUCUUGUCAUUAUCUGCACUUACUGCCUUGUUUGUUUGUAGUUCAUGCAUUUUCAAUUUUGUUUUUCAUUUUCUUAACCACCUUGUCCUGUAUUUCUGCAAGGAACCCCUCUGUUUCUGGGAAGAGGUCUCCAAAACUCAGUCAGGUGCUCGAUGCUUCCCUGUCACCACCUAGUCUGCUCAGAUCGUUGGGAUGUCUCCCAUGGAGGGUCAUAUUCAUUCCACUGGUUAAUGUUUUCUUCCAUAGUGAUGAUUCAUUUUUCUGAGUUGGCCUCUCAUUUAAGUUUCUGGUCUGUAUUACUUAUCACAAUUGCAUAUACACACAUGGAGUGCUGAAUCGUGUUCAUUUUUGAUGAAAAUAUAUACUUUCAAGUUGUAUCUGACUGUUGUGUGAUUUCUUUUUCAUGUGUGUUAUUUCUCUUCCUCCUUCUGUCCAAUCUAAGUGGGUUUGAGUGUAAAUAGUCUUUUCUAAAGUUAUCAUUUCAGUUCUUAGUUAUCUUUGUAAAUUUUGCUGAUUGAAAUGGGACCAAGAUAUUUUAAUUUUAAAAAAUGUCAAUGUUGGUAUUGAUGAAAGUGUUUAUUGCCGUUGUUGUAUUUGUUAACUAUUGAGCUCUGUUUGGCAGGGUUUUUUUAAGCCUUGAACUAAAUUUUGUCAAAGGUUUUCCCUAUUUCGCACUACUUUUUAUUUUCUUUGCUUGUUGAUAUUCCAGAUAGGUGGGUAUCAAGAGUCCCAAAGAGGGGUCUUGGCCCGAAAUGUUGAUUCCCAUCCAUAGAUGCUGCCUGACAUGCUGAGCUCCUCCAGCACUUUGUGUGUAGUUCUCUAGAUUUCUAGCAUCUGCAGGUCCUCUUGUUUCCCAGAUACUUAUAUAUUUGUUGAAAGAACAAUCUAAUAGUGGGGUGUGUGUCUCUGUUGGUAAAAUAUUAAUUAAAAUCAUUAGAAAGAGGUGGCAUUGGGUUGGAAGGUGUAGAAUCUGUGGGUAGAAUUAAGGAACAGCAAAUGUGAAAACAAAGAUCCCUGAUGGAAAUUGUAUAGAGACCUCCAAUCAGUUGUAAGUAUCUGGUCCACAAAUUACAAUGGGAGAUUAAAAAUGCUUGCCAAAAGGGCAAUGUUACAAUAGUCAUGGAGGAUUGUCAUGCAGGUGAUAAGGAAAAUUAAGUGUGUUGUUCUCAAGAGGAGGAAUUCCUAGAAUGCCUACAAGAUGCUUUUUUAGAGCAGCUCGUGGUUGAGCCCACUUGGGGAUCAGCUAUUCUGGAUUGGGUGUUGUAAUGAACUGGAAUUAAUUAGGUCACUUACGUUCAAAGAACCCUUAGGGGCAAGUGAUCUAAAUAUGAUCAAAUUCACCCUGACAUUAGAGAAGGAGAAGCUCAAGUCAGAUGUGGAAUAAAUGUGAGGCUGCUUAACAAGAUCACAGCUCAUUGAAUUACAGGAAACAUACUUGUCUGGAUCGAAGGUUGCCUGACUGAUAAGGGAAAAAGAGUCAGAAUAAUGUGGGCAAUUCUGUUUUGCUGUCGGUAACUAAUGGUGUUCCGUAGGGGUCAGUAUUGAGACCGCAUCUUUUCAUGUUAAAUCUGAAUCUUUUGGAUAACUGAAUUGAUACUUGGGUAAUUAACUUUGCAGCUGAUACAAAGGUAGGUAUGGGACAGGUAGUUUAGAGCAAAGCGGGAGCCUGCAGAAAGACUACGAUAGGUUUGGAGAACAGGCAAUGAAGUAGCAGAUGAAAUAUAGUGUCCGGUCAUGUACAAUUGGUAGAAGGAAUAAGGGCGUAGGAAAAAAUUUUAAAUGGGAGAAACUUGAAGAAUCAGAAGUGUAUCAGUACUUGGGAGUCCUUGAGCAGGAGUCCCUAAAGGUUUGCUUGCAGAUUGAGUUGAUUAAGGAUGACAACUGUAAUGUUUGCAUAUAAGAGCAAGGAUAUGACACUGUAGCUUUAUAAUGCAUUGGUCAGAUUGCUGUUGGUGUAUUGUGAGCAGUUUCUGAACUCUUACCUGAGAAAAAAAAGAUGUGCUCGUAUUGGAUCAGGUCUGGAGAAGGUUCACGAGAAUAAUUCCAGGAAUGAAAGGGUUAAUGUAUGAGGAGCGUUAGAUGGCUUUGACCCUGUACUCACUGGUUGAGAAAGAAGAGUGGGGAUCUCAUUUAAACCUAUUAAGUAUUUAAAGGCCUCGACUGAGUGGCUAUGAAGAAGAUGCACCCUACACGGUGUGAGUCUGGGACCAGAGGCCACGGCCUCAAUGUAUAGGGCAUCCACUGACAGCAGAGAUGAGGAGGAAUUUCUUGAGUCAGGGAGUGGUAAAUCUUUGGAAUUCAUUGCCACGGACAGAGUAGAGGCCAAGUCACUGAGUGUGUUUUCAAUGGAUGUUCAAGGAUUAAGGGGAGAAGGCAGGAGAAUAGUGUUGAGAGGGAUAAUGAAUUGGACAUGAAGGAAUGGUGGAGCAGACUCGAUUGGCUGAGCAGCCUCUGUCUCAUAUCUCGUGGCUCAUGGUCUGAAGAAGAGGCUAGUGAGGUUGCAUUAGGGUUAGGGUAUUGUUAGGGUAUCCGUGCCUGGAUUAUUGUAUUCAGUUUUUGGUCGUUCUGCUAUAGGAGAGAGGACGUCAAUCUGGAAUGAGUUCAGGGGAGAUUUAUGAGAAUGGUUCCGGUACUCGAGGGACUGAGUUCUGCAGAGAGGCUGGGCAGGUUGGGACUUCACACCUUGAAGUGCAGGAGAUUGAGUCUGACAUGAUGCAGGUGUUCCAAACCCUGAGGGUACAGAAAUAGGGAAUGUGAGCAGAUGAGUGAACUCGGCCUUUUCUCCUUGGAGCGACGGAGGAUGAGAGGUGACCUGAUAGAGGUGUAUAAGUUGAUGAGAGGUGUUGAUCGUGUGGAUAGUCAGAGGUUUUUUUCCCAGGGCUGAAAUGGCUGCUACAAGAGGGCACAGGUUUAAGGUGCUGGGGAGUAGGUACAGAGGAGAUGUCAGGGGUAAGUUUUUUCACACAAAGAUUGGUGAGUGUGUGGAAUGGGCUGCCGGCAACGGUGGUGGAGGUGGACACAAUAUGGUAUUUUAAGAGACCUUUGGAUAGGUACAUGGAUCUUAGAAAAAUAGAGAGCUAUGGGUAAGCCUAGUAAUUUCUUAGGUAGGGACAUGCUCGGCACAACUUUGUGGGCCAAAGUGCCUGUAUUAUGAUGUAGGUUUUCGAUUUUUUUUUUCCCCUUUUUCCCCACUUUUGUGGAAUGAACAACCAGUGGGCACCACUUUAAGGUGAGAUAGGAUUGAUUUAAUAGGGAUCGCAGGGGAAAGUUAUUAAUCCACUCUCCCUUCCGGUUUCACUAGCACGAUGAACCCACUCUCAGGUUAAAGGAGCAAUAACACAUACUACAUCUGGGUAGUUUACAACUCGAUGGCAUGAACAUUGAUAUCUUUAACUUCCACCUCCACCUUUUCCUUUCAUCAACCCACACGCUCGUCUCCUCCAUUCUGUCUCCCCACUUCUCUCUUCACUGUGGAUCGUCUCCCUGUGGUUCCGCUUUUACUUCCUCUUUUCCCCAUGGUCCGCUCUCCUAUCCUAUCAGAUUCCUUCUUUUCAGCCCUUUGCAUUUUCCAGCUUCCACCUCA